UUCUGAAGCGUUAGUCGGUGAGAUGUCAGACUGGCUGAGCGGGCAGUUUGUGAAGAAGGAGAAGACGCUUGACAAUUUUGUGAAUUCCUCGUUACCGACGCUAGCUGCUUAUUGGGAGUAUAUGCAGCGCAUCAAGCCUACUAGCACAUUACCCAAGCUCGCGUUGAGGAUAUGCUGAUCACAGUGAACACUGUGACUUGCGAGCGGUAUUUUUCAGAGCGAGCGUUGAUCCACACAGCACUCCGCAACCGCAUGGACGCUGGGAAAGCCGCAAAGAUUACUGCUGUUCGGAGCCAUGUACGAAUGACCAGUGAAAAGCAAAUUGUUCUGGAGAGCCCUGCUAAGCGUCUGGUUCCAACAACCGAGCCUGAUCGAGUUUUGGCGUUUGGUUCCCCUGAGCGACGAAGCUCAACUUCUCGCCGUAACGUGGCGGUACACUUUAGAGAAGGCGAAACUCUACCAGAAGAUGCUGAUGAUCUUAUUGAUGAAGAAGACGAUAGCGAACAUAGCGCAGAAGUUGACUGUGUAUCUUACUGGGAGCAAGUUCUAUCGGUGAUGAACGAAUCUGAUGAAGAUACACAAGUUGCAGCUCUUCUGGAGUCUAUGACACGUUCAAUCAGUGCCGACGCUGAAAAUGCAGAAGAAGUGGAGGACAUUCCGCUGCAGCCAGCAGAACGACACCCACUUCCAGAAGAUGCAACACUAUGCGCUCAAGAAAGUCUCGUUCUUCGUGGUCUUCGAGGGCGAAAGCUACUUCUGUAUAUUUUCAGAAAAUGACAGCAACUUUGGUUUCUC